UUUCCCUUCAUCAUUCUGAGCUCUGUGGUCUUAUGUGGUGACGUCACCAGAGACGAGACGCGAAACAAAAAAACAAGCAAAAACAAACAACAAAAAAAGCAACAACAAGCACACCUGGAUAAAUACAUGCCUAGCGUAGGCCAUAGGAGUGAAACGAACCCUCGACCCGAAACGGAGAGCUCAGCGGAGUUGGUGUUAGGACGUGAAGGUGAAGCGCGCGACGCUGCUUGGCACCCGAGUCCCCGAUGCAUCCCCUCUGCGCACGCGGAACCAUGAAGCCCGAGAUCACCGCCGCGGUCGGAUUCCUUUCCCGCUUCCUGCGCGUGAAGGGACUCGUAAACGACCGACAACUUCAGACAUUUAGCCAGAUUCUACAGGACAUGAUGGCAGAGCAAUACAAGCACCACUGGUUUCCUGACCGGCCGUGUAAGGGGUCUGGCUACCGCUGCAUCAGAAUCAACCACAAGAUGGACCCCUUGGUGGGCCAGGCAGGCCUGCGUAUUGGUCUCAGCACGCAGCAGCUCUACCUGCUCCUACCCAGCGAGCUCACUCUCUGGGUCGACCCGUUUGAGGUGUCGUACCGCAUCGGCGAGGAUGGCUCUAUCUGUGUCCUGUACGAAUCGCAGCCGAACCCCAGCGUUAAUGUGAACGCCAGCAUCAACACUUCCACUGGAACCAGCAGCUCCACCUCAUCUGUCUCGUCCAUGCUGGAUAGUCAUAUCAGCUGCAAGGAAGAACUGCUGGUACUGGGCCGAACCAGCCCGGCUAAGCCCUACAUGAUGACCGUGUCUAGUUAAAGGAGCCACGGCUUGUCUUGUUUAUUUUUCUUUUUUUUCUUUUUAAAUAAUGCAAAAAAGAGGAAAAAAAUCAUGAAAGAGGAGGAAAAAAAAUAAACAGAGGAUGUAACCUAAUGUUCAGGCGAUGGAAACCUCGUAGGUUUAAUUGCGCUCGUUUUGUUUCGGUUGUCUGUGCUUUUUUUUGUGUUAAAUCAACCAGAGGCUAAGACCCUGGGGCAGCUAUGAAGACAUGAGACAUCUCCCCUCUUCCUGGAAUAGACUGGACCAGGGGUUUGUACUCAUGUUUAUCAAUGGUGACUUUGCACUUUUGCUCUGUUUUUAGUUUACUGCUCCACCACUACCACCAUCCCUGAAAAACCAAACCCAGUUGCUCUGAAGCCCAGGUACCAGCAGCUGCACCGGUGCCAAGGGGCUGCCUCCAACAGUGACUUUAUCUUGUGCUUUCUUUCUUUUUUUUUUUUUGCUUUAAAGCUCUCUGUGAGGCACUCUUUGUUUGUUUAUCUCCAUCUCAGCCCCUGGGCUCCAGCUGUAGCCAAUAUUUGACCUCUCUUCCUGGGCUUCUGACCAACCCAAAGUUUUGACCCCCCACUUCAAGUUCUCAUGUUCAAUCUGCUGUUCUGUCGUUGUCAUGCUUAUAGUUACUUACCAGAGUAAGAUCUUCACCACUUCACCAUAAAUUAGUGUUAUUUGGAGUUUUGUCGCCAAAAGCAAGACGUCGUGUAGUUGUCCUAAAAGCCGUUGAAUGCACUUUGAUAUGGCAUGGAAAGAUUGUGUCAAAAAAUAUUCCAAUGAUUAGAAUAUUUCAUUUUCUCAAAACAUGGUGUACCUUUUUUUUAAGAUGAGUUUUUAAUAUUGCAUCUGGCCCUGGAGUGUGUUUCCUUUUUAACUUUCCAGUGGUUUUUAAACCAAGACCAAUCCAUGCCCUUUUCUUGCGUGAUUAUAAUUAUCAGCAGGGAGAGUAUAGACGCUACUGUACUGGUUUUCUGAAAGGUGUGAGUGAAUGAAUUUAAGUUUUAAGAAUAAGUCCUGCAUUUGAUUUUAAGUCUAAUCCACCCCAAACCGGCCUGGCUGGUGUAUUCCUGUGCCUGUCAGAAGCAGGAGCAGGUGUUUCUCCCCCAUGUCCUCAUACUGCACAUGGCUCAUACCACGCUGCCAAGAGAGAGGACCACUGGGCCUGCUGUCACACGAAGAGCUGGAGCUCAAGCACUCUUAUCACAUAUCAACUCUCUCCUCAGGCAGGGUGCGUGUGGAUGUGUUUUGGGGGGGGUCACACACCAGACCAGGGCAGCUAAAAUCCCUUCCCCCUGAACCCCCCCUUACAUCAUAUGUACACACUACCGAACAGCCGUGAGGAGAGACUAGCCAGCACACACGCACAGAGUGCACUCCAGAGCCUUACUGUAAUGUGUGUGUUUCAGUGUGUCAGUCAGCCAGAGGGAGGGGGUGGAGCUUACUGUCUUCAUCUCAUGGUGCUGCUGAUGGAUUCAUGUCGAAUCUGUUUACAAUAAAUCGUAUACACACUAGUGUGAGUGGGACCAGAUCAGUGUGUGUGAGGCAAAGUCCAUCUCUCUCUUUCUCUCUCCCUCACACACCUCACUCCUUUGGAGCAGUAGCACGCAGGUUUAGGCGCUAACUCUUUUCCACCUGGCUGAUGUAAUUUCAUGUUAGUAAAAGCAACAAGAACCCAGGCAGAAGGACUGGAUGUCCACCCCAAGUCCAAGACAGCCAGCACUCUCCCUACCUCCCCAUUAGCUACCCAUAGGGUUUCGUUUUUAUUUCUACUAAGAGCGUUCUACCACACUUUAACCGAAUUCGAGCGUCGUAAACAUCGAACCUACAAUCUAAAACAGCUCUUGCUUCCCCUCGUCCAAACCCCGAGGAUCCACGCUGAGCCUUGUUUGAGCUCAGACAGGCUUCAGCGAUGUCACAUCUUUAGAGGAAAGAGCACACAAAAUGCACUAUAUUAAACCUUGAAGUCAUGUCACACUGAGACGUGGAAUGUAUUUGCCAAACUCAGGCCUCAGACUUGCAGUGAAACCCUUACGGAACGACGUGUGCGUGUUAAUAUGUGGAAGACGGAAGGGAAUUUUCUUUCAUUAGUGUCAUUUUGUUAACCAGAAGUAGAAUUAUUGUCACUUUUCACACGCGGGGUGUUUUGCAUAUUUGUAGAAUGUAUUGUAGUCGUAACAGCGUGUCGUAGAAAACAGCUAUAAUGUUACACAAUGGAAAAGUGCCAAUAAUUUAUAUUUUGUGGUGUUUUAAUGUGUUCUUUUUGUAUUUCAUGUUUUAACACAGAUUUCUCUUUCGUAAACGAAGCCAUUUGUAUCAGGAGUGUUGGCGAGGACCAAAGUUGUUUUGGUACACACUUGUUUCCAUGCUCUGUGCCAAUAGAUUUAUCCUUUGUUGUUUUUUUUUCCUUUCUUCUUUUACUUAUAAAACACAAAAAACCCAUAAAAAAAAUCCGAGCUACCCAAGAUGAUGAAAAGCAUUGUAUGUUGUAAUCUUCAGACACAUUUUAUUGUGUUUUUAUUUCUUUUCUUUUCCUUGGGUAUGUUUUAAUGAACUGCUGUAAAUUUGUACAGUUCAUGUAAAUUGAUUGUGAGGAAGUUGUAUAGAUUUCUAUAUUUUGGAAGAAAAGGGUUUUUUUCUCCCCUCUGUAAUAAAAGAUUUCCUAUCUUGGCAA